AGCAUGCACGGCAGUCGCAUCGUGGCCGCGCGGCAGGUCGCACGUGUUUCGCGUUAUGGUGUCCGUAGGGCCGUGGCGGCGCCGCGCGCCGGACGACGACGACCGGUCGGAGCCCGGGGCCUCCAGCUCCGGCGUGCCGCGCGCCCCGCCGAACUGCGCGCGUUGCCGCAACCACCGGCUCAAAGUGGAGCUGAAAGGGCAUAAGCGCUAUUGCAAGUACCGGUACUGCAACUGCGAGAAGUGUAGACUGACGGCAGACAGGCAGAGGGUGAUGGCGCUGCAGACGGCGCUGCGGCGCGCUCAGGCUCAGGACGAGGCUAGAGCGCGGGCGUCGGACUCGGGGCUCCACCCUCCCGGGAUCGAGCUAGAUCGGCCUGAGCCUCCUGUUGUGAAAGCGCCGAGGAGUCCCGUGAUCCCGCCGCCGCCGCCGCGCUCCAUGGGAUCGGCGAGCUGCGACUCCGUUCCGGGAUCGCCCGGGGUAUCGCCGUAUGCGCCGCACCCGCCGUCCGCUCCGCCUCCGCCGAUGCCGCCGCUCCCGCCUCCGCAACCAGUGGCCCUGGACUCCCUGGUAGAAAACUGCCACAAGCUGCUGGAAAAGUUCCACUACAGCUGGGAGAUGAUGCCGCUCGUGCUGGUCAUCCUCAACUAUGCCGGCUCCGACCUGGAGGAGGCCUCGCGGAAGAUUGAUGAAGCCUCCUGGGUGGUGCACCAGUGGCGGCUGUACGAGCGCUCGCUGUGCUCGUUGCUGGAGCUACAAGCGCGCAAAGAGUCGUUUUGCUGCUCGCCGCGCUACGUGUUGUCGCGCGAGUACGCGCCGCACCUGCCGGUACCGCUCAUGCGCUCGCCGCCGCCAGCGCACUUGUAGCCCCACACCGCGCCGCGACAGACGGCGCACGAGCCCACUGAGCCAUCUACUUCGGCCAAACCCGAGUAGGCCCGAGGCCGACCCGAGCCUGACCCGAGAGGAGCCGAGCAGACACGAGUGGGCUAUUCCGGACUUUACCUAGUUUUAUAUGUGCUAUACGUGUUACAACACGCAUAUUUGUAUAUUAUCACGGACAUUAAGUUGGAGAGUGGUUACCUUAUCUUGUUAACCCGGUCCUUAAAUUAAUUAUUCCCAGAUAUAUUAAGAAAACCAGUGAAUAUUUUGACGGAUGUAUAAUUAACUGUUGCUAAGCAUGAGGAUUAUGGUAUUUAUUGUGGACAUGUUGCAGCGAGAAAUUUCAUAUUAUCGGUGAUAAAAUUAAACCACAUUGAGGUUUGGCAGAAAACAACAUUGUUUGUAAUAUUGAAUAAACAUAAAAAAUGGGUGUAACUAUAAGAGCAUUUUCACAUUGUCGGAUCCGAUAUCGGAUGUAGGGCCGACAUCCGCAAUGUCGAGGGUAUUUGCAACAACGCGCCUGCUGCAAACAUUAUGCCUACACCAUGAAUCUAGUAUUAAACUGGAUUGGGCAUGAGUGGUGGGGGUAACUGACAGAACGGGAUAGUCUUACGUGUCUUUCAGUAGGAGUAGCAGAGAAAGCGCUAUUAUUGUUCGUCCUUGUCACAGUCUCACAUAUUUUUUGUUCCCCACCGUUAAUUUAGUAUGGAUUAUGGUGGGCAACAAAUAAAUUCGACCAAUCAUAGUGUCGCAUUGCGUAUGUUUUGUCCCUCACGGAGGCACGCGUAUACCACGUCUAUAGGAUCCUACCUUCUAUUGCUUCUAUGGCCUACACAUAUGCGCACACAAACAAAAAGUAUCCGACAUCGUCCGACAUGUUUGAAAUUAUCGGAAGUGCCAAUCUGAUAUCGCAUGGCCCCAGAUAAAAAAGACAGCUUGCUCGAGAGUGCCCCGUGGGCCUGUGUGUGUACUUGUGUUGUGUACGCCUUGUUUUGGCCAUAAAGCCGCUAAUCAUCAUCAUCAUCAUCUCAGCCAUAAGACGUCCACUGCUGAACAUAGGCCUCCCCCUUGGACCUCCAUACGUGCCGGUUGGAAGCGACCCGCGUCCAGCGUCUUCCGGCGACCUUAACAAGCCGCUAAUGAUUCGUUCAAAUUGUGUUUUUUGAAAAACAAAUUAUAGCUAGCAUUUGAUAAAUGUAAUGAUACCUUUGGGUAUGGUGCUUUACGCACACUAGUGUCCCAUGCCCUCCCCCUGACGCAACCCCCCCUUUUAGCAUGAAAUAUGUCCCGGUUGACAGUUUUCAGAUCAUACUACAUUCAUUGAAUGCUGGCUAUAAUUUGUUUGUCUGUAUGGGACAUUAGAACACAACUUGACCGAAUCAUAAGGUGUUUUGUAGCUAAGAUUUCUUACAUAACAUGCAUGUUAUACAUUUUUUACUUCCAACCGAUAUCCAAUACAGGAUCGGACAAUGUGAAAUCGCUCUUAAUGGUGCGAUAAAGUACGGAUCAGAUCGCAAUUUUACGGCGUGCCGAAGGCAAGAUACGUGGUAUUGAAAUUACAUUUUGUUACAAACUGUCUGGACAGUCAUUACUGUAAUUAUUAACAAACGCCCUUUAGAAAAGGUUAAUGUUAAUAGUUAUUGCUUGACAGCCCAGAAUUGAGAUCAGAGGGCCUUUCGACGUGUUGCCUCCCUGUCACACUUACUUACAUACAUACAAGUGCAACAGAGAGGCAACACUUCGAACGUGGUUCGCGGUAGGCAUUCAGAACAAACAACGUAAAUAGGU